AGGUCAAUCAAUAAUAACACCAGACUAUAGAUUUAAAUGUCUGUGUUGAUAGAAUAAUGUUAGAAAUAAAACGAACCUUGCAUCGCAUGAAUCAUCGAGGGACUACUUUCUCAGCAGCAGCGGAAUUUUACUUUGCGCCAGUUAGUUUUGUAACCGAAUCACGACCGAAGAACGUAAACAGAGAAGCGUGGGACAGAAGCGCAAUUGAACGAGUAGGCAACAUGGUGGUUCAGUGUGCUUUCAGAAAUUGUACAAAUAAACCCAACAGAUGGUCAACGCAAAGUUUCCACCAAUUUCCAACCCGAGACCCAGAAAGGACAAAACUGUGGCUUGUUGCUGGAGGCUUGGACAUAAAAACACCGGCGGAAACUGCGCGCAAUUGGAAGAUUUGUAGCGAUCAUUUCAGACCGGACGACUUUGAGAAACCAAGCAACCUCAAGAGCAAGGCAUCGCUGAAAUCGAAUGCGGUGCCAUCCGUCUUUUCAGAUGCACCAACAGCCACUGGUGAACAGGUAAUAACUUUUGGUAGGCUACUCUAGCUAAUAAAUCUUGCCCCUUUCAUAAUGUUAGCCUACUGAUAGAUUCAUGAUGACAAUGUUAGCGGACAUUAGUUACAGUUCAAUGCAUUUUGGCGAGUCAGUGACAACGUUAGCUAAUGGUAUAGCUACACACUUGGUACCUGAGUGGCUAAUUGCUAACUUUAGGUAAUUGCUGAUAGAAAAGUUUUGUCUGCUCCUAAUGUGUACAUGUAAAACUUCCCUGGCAGAGAGUUCACAUCAGGACGUGUGUGUGUGUGUGUGUGUGUGUGUGUGUGUGUGUGUGUGUGUGUGUGUGUGUGUGUGUGUGUGUGUGUGUGUGUGUGUGUGUGUGUGUGUGUGUGUGUGUGUGUGUGUGUGUGUGUGUCAGAGGGGGAGAGAGAGAAUCUUGGAAACAUUUAGGAUAUAUUCCAUAACAAGAGCAUGAGUUUAUGCUAACGUUUUGUACUACGACUUUUGGGCUAAAAGUAAUUCAUUGGCAACAGAAGAGAUUUAUGUGAUUUAUAUGAUUUGUGAUUUAUAUGAUUGUUUCAUUCAUAUUGUGAUCUGUGACAACUGUGACCCACAGUGGGGUCACAGUGUGGGGUGACCCACAGUGCAGCAUCAGGCCAGCCGAAGGAAAUCCAAAUGCCAUCAGCACUAGUAAGAGAUUGAACUCAAAUAAAUACUGGUAGCUGUUUGACAUUUAUGACUUCAUACACUGAUGACAAUGAUUAUAUGCUCUUAUAAAAGGACAAUGCAGUGUAAAAAUGUAACAAUUACUUGUCUGAUUCAUGUUCACAGUUUUACCUGGUCUCUCUGCUCUUAGGGUCACCAGCAAUAGACAUCUGUUGUCCACUCCACAAUUGAAACAGUAGAUAUAUUUGCAUAUUCAUUAGAAUUUUGUUGUUUCUAAAUAAGGAAAAAACAGUAGCUGAAGAUGACAACCCACUGGAUCUGAGUAUGAGCUCAAUUGAGGCCUCUCCAAGUCAUCCAGUUGACAGUAGCUUUGUUCCACUAUUCAGCACAUCAAGCUCCUCCAGCUCUGACAUACCUGACAUACUCUCGGCUGCAGGAACCAAGCACUGGUCAGAAAAAAAAUGGAUAGUAAACGAGUCCAAGCUAAUGCAGCUCUUCACAACAUGCCAACAGUGUGGAGUGUUAAUUGGAGAGGAAGACAAGAAAGUGACCACUAGUGGGACCCGCAUACACAUCAAGUGGAGCUGUAUGAAAGGACACUCAGGUGAAUGGGAGUCAUGUUCUCAACUGCGUGGAAUGCCCGAAAACAACCUGCUGGUUGCCUCAUCCAUCCUGUUCACAGGUUCAACUUUCACGGAAAUCUUUGAUUGGGCUGAACUACUGAAUCUCCAAAUUCCAAAGAAGACUACAUUUUACUCCCUGCAAUCCACCUACCUCAUACCAGUGAUUGAGUAUGCAUACCGUGACCAUCACGAAGAGAUGAUGAGCAAUCUACAACUACAGACAGUUGGUGGAGGGAUUUCAAUCUGCGGUGAUGGUCGUUCUGAUUCACCUGGAUUUAGUGCCAAGUACACUACAUACAGUUUCAUGAGUAAUGCAACACAGGAAAUCAUCAUGGUGGAUUUAGUUCAGGUUACAGAGGCGACCAGUUCACCAGCCAUGGAGACCCUGGGGUUUCGAAGGGGUCUGGACCGUUUGCUUCAGGCAGGAGUUAGAGUGGAUGUCAUCACUACAGACCGCUCUCCUUCUAUCAGGAAGCUUAUGAGAGAGACCUACUCUGACAUCCAGCACCAGUUUGACCCUUGGCAUGUUGCAAAAGGACUGAAGAAAAAGUUGACUGCGGCUGCAAACAACAAAAAAAACAUUGAUCUGCAGCCUUGGCUAAAGGCUAUUACUAAUCACCUGUGGUGGUCUUGCCAGUCAUGCGGGGGUGAUGCAGAGGAGUUGAAACGCCGCUGGAAGUCCGUUCUCCAUCACAUUUGUGGCAUACAUCGCUGGGAGGAAGACGGACAGGAGAAGACUUGCUACCACCGGGACCUCACUGAAGAGCAGCAGAGAAGGAAGAAAUGGCUGCAAACCGACUCUGCUGCAUUCCAGACACUGUCGGACCACGUACUGAACAAGAACCUGUUGAAAGACCUCAACCACAUGACUCUCUUCCAACAUACAGGAGCCCUGGAGGUGUACCACAGUGCAAUGCUGAAGUACACUGAAAAGAGGCUUCACUUCGCCUACAGCUCUAUGAAGGCACGCACCCUACUCUCUGUGAUGGACAACAACAAGAAUGUUGGCCGUCAACAAGCAACGACCAGUGAUGGGACUCCGAGAUACAAUUUGGUUUUUCCCAAACAAUCUAAAAGAUGGGUUGCCAGGAAGAGGUACGAGCCAACCAGGCAGACAUUCAGGAAGGAUUUGGUGGAGCGGGUCCUGGAAAGGCGCAUGGAUCCUACUGUGAAGUUUGCAGAUCCACAUUUUUAUAUCCAGCAACCAGCUACUAUACCCGACAACAUAGCCACCACUCCAAGACCGGACAAAGAUCAAAGUAUUGCAGAGCACGUCUCCCGUUUUAAAACAUGAUUAAAAGGGGAAAAUGAAAGUCUAACUGGAGUUUAGUGUGGUGCUAAAU